AAAAUGUAACAACUGGAUAACAUCAAUGCACAACCUCCUUCUGUCCUUCAUGUUGUGUUGAGUGGGGACUUAGCCAGAUUAGAUUUACAAUUGUUAAAAAAAGUCUCUUUCUUUUCUCUGGCCCUACUCUCCCACCCACAUGCUCUUCUCUCCCUCUCUCUCUGAGUCUCUAUCUCUCUCUAAAUGCCCAAUCUCUUGCCUAUUUAUUUGACUCUUUCAACAUUCCCUCGAACUCCACUUGAAGCAAACCCAAAAGAAAAACACACACAAGACUUGGCUUACAAAACAAACAAGUCUUCAAGAAACUUGGAAAGCUAAGAGCUAUGGCUAUGGAGUUAGAGCUUGAUGAUGAUGUCUUCUUUGCAGACAUAAGCAAACAGAUCUCUCUUCUCAUCAUGGAUGAAGAUGAACACUUAAACCCUGUUUCUCUCUCUUCCUCCUCCUCCUCUCUCUCAUUCCAGGGUUUGUUCAGAGGAGGUUACCAAACGGCUCCAUAUAUGUAUCAACAAGAACAGAGCAAAGGGACUGGUGUGUUCAUCCCUAAAUCGUCUCAGCCUAGAAGAAGACCUCAUCAUCAUCAGAAGCAAGGUAGGUAUAGUUCCUUCAACGCCAAGCAACAACACUCUCUUCAUCAAAACAGACAAGAGUAUCAGCAAAAUCAUGAGAACUCAAGAAGUACUCUCACCACUCACAACAAUAACAACAACAAGAGCAACAUGAACAGCACUAGUGUUCAUGCUUCUAUCCCAAGAAGAAGCUACAGAGAUGCAUCAUCUAUCUACACUUGAUUAAUUUUAACAAAUAUUCUUCUGUGUGAUCAAUUCAUAUAAUUUAAAUUAGAUGCAUAAGAUUUAUUUGUUUGUAAAUUCAGCGAACAAUAAAAGGGUUGUAUAAGGAAGGUAUUGGAGAUGUGUUCCAACUUCCAAGUUUGUUCUUGCUUUUAUGUAACUCUUUCUUGUCAUUUUAGAGAUGCACUAACUUUUUCCUCCAUUUGUAAUCUUUUAAGGAUUGAAUGAAAAUCAAAUUUGUUGGUUGAUGACAACAAGAUUGAUAGAGGAAUGUGUAAAGACAAGCCCCAUGUGAGAUUAGCAAAUGUUCCAUGUCUCUCUCUCUCUCUCCAAUCAAUCAAUAUCUUUGGGACAUCACAGAAGAGUUUGCCACACUGUCUGAAUAUAUAAAAAAAAGUCAGAUCUAAAGAGGGUCCAAAAGACUGUCACAAGCUCACACACCUUCUGUCCUCCCACUCACAUGCCGAUCCCUCUCUCUUUUUCUUUGCCAUUAUUAUGAAAUCUCCUCAUUCUUUUAGUAUUUCUAAUUAUAGCAAAAGUGCAAAACUAUAUGAUGACACUUUCCAUUAAAAUCACUUAUUUUUCA